UCGGCGGAGCCAGGGCGAGCGGCAGCGGCUUCUCCCUGUGCAUGACAGCACUGCCGGGCCCCGCAGUCUUGUUCUGUCUGCUCGGGCUCGGAGCCGCGGGAUGGCGGCAAGGCCCCUGCGCCUGGGUCCGGGCCGAGUGCUGUGCGGGGGCUGCCCGGGCCCAGCCCUAAAGCAGCUGCCCUGACUGUAGACGCUGCCGAAGAUCCGGCAUGCUUUCGGGCCGGUGCCCGAGCCCCGUCGCCGCGUGGUUCGGAGGCCGCGGUCUCCUCCCACCUGGCCUAGCAGCGGCGCCCCGGUCUCUGCCACCGGCGCCGCUCCUCCUAUGGGCCGGCUCGGGUGGGGUGGCAAGGCCGGGGUCGCCCUGCUCACGGCACACCGUCAAUGUGUCCUUUGACCUUGAUGUCCCGCUGAAGCGCCCUGCACAUGGCGGGUGCCCGAGCCGCCCUAGUGAACCGGUAGCAGCGGGGACGGCGCAGAACAGGCGUCACUGCAGCCUCCUCCGGGGAGGAAUGAAAUCUCCGGAAGAAGAAUUUAAAUGGCUUUUACAAGAAGAGGUCCAUGCUGUUUUGAGACAGCUGCAGGAUAUUUUGAAGGAGGCCUCCCACCGCUUUGCCUUGCCCACCAGUGGCUCAGGAGGAGCUGUCAAGCAAGAGAACUUUGUACUAAGCACAUCAGGCACAGACCAGGUGAAAGGUGUGAUGACGCUGCAGGGAGAUGCACUGUGUCAAGCUGAUGUUAAUCUGAAAAUGCCCAGAAACAAUCAGCUCCUGCAUUUUGCAUUCCGGGAAGACAAGCAGUGGAAAUUGCAGCAGAUCCAGGAUGCUAGAAACCAUGUGAACCAAGCCAUUUACCUGCUUAUGAACAGAGAUGUGAACUACCAGUUCAAAACAGGCUUGGAGGUGCUCAAGCUUAUGGAUGCUGUGAUGUUGCAGCUCUCCAGAGCCCGAAAUCGGCUGACCACUCCUGCCACUCUGACACUACCAGAAAUUGCCUCCAGUGGUCUCACAAAAAUGUUCACUCCUGCGCUGCCUCCGGACAUCCUUGUGAAUUUCUAUAUUAACCUGAACAAGCUGUGCCUCACUGUCUACCAGCUCCACGUGAUGCAGCCUACCACAACCAAGAACUUCAAGCCUGCUGGAGGGUCUGUUUUGCACAAUCCUGGGGCCAUGUUUGAGUUUGGCAGCCAGCGAUAUGAAGUCAGCCAUGUCCAUAAAGUGGAAUGUGUUGUCCCGUGGUUAAAUGAUGCCCUUGUCUUCUUCACAGUUUCACUGCAGCUUUGCCAGCAACUGAAGGACAAGAUCUCCGUUUUCUCCAGUUACUGGAACUACAGGCCAUAUUAAUUCUCUGUGGAAUGGUCUAAGCCUUUACAAUACUUCAAGUGUCUCUCUCUGUUCUCUCAUGCCAGCUGAGUCCAGGUCAGCCUGAGAAGUGCUGGGGUUCACUGCCAGAUGCUGCACAGGGCAGGGUCAGUGUACCCAGAGACACAGCUUUUGUAGCCUUGUCUGCGAUUGCUGCAUAUGCAGGGCACCAAGUAGUGCUGUGUGGUUGGCAGGAGCUUCCACUGGUCCCUCUUGUGCAUUGUGUGGCUGACACUUCCCAAGCCCCUGAUGAGUUACACAGGUCUGUUAAAAGGGAUAGGUGCUCUGGACCACCCUCACUAACUAGAACUGUGCAUUGUGCUGUAAUUAACUCCUUGACUGUGAAGUGGCUGGGAAGGGGGGAAAACAGACUAACUUAACACACCUCUUAAAAUGUAGGGCAUGUUGAUCCCUGUAGUGAAAUAUGUUUCUCUUAUCUGGUCCAGCUGUGCUUAUAACUAACUCUGAGUGAUUCCCUCCCCUGCCUGUUCUGCCCAUCUCCAUCUUACUGAUUCCCCUUUGGGGAUGCUCUUACUUGCUGCUGUUUGAGUUCCUUUCCCCCCUCAUCCAGCAUCAAUGUGAUAAUUAUUUUUUUCUUAAGCCCUAGUUGGGUCAAUUGAUCUUUUCCAGGUUUAGUAUCUUGUUUUCACUGCCAGCCUUUGGAGUUGCCCUGGUGUACCUUGUGCAGUCUUUCAUCUUGUCAUUAAACGCAAAGUGAGUACCAUGUUGCUACUAUGAUUUGUUGCCUAUGGGUGCUACAAUGUGUAACUCAUACCUUUAGCCACUGCUAACUGUGAAAUAAAGACCCUCAUACCUGCAGUGCUCAUGUGGGCUGUGAA